CGACCGCACUCCGGGAAUGUUUUAUCGUACAAUAUUAAAAUGUUAACGAUUAGAUGAGUCAAAAUCUGAGACUAACCAUAUUCUUACUCGUGGCUCCAUUUGUCUGUAAUAUUAUCGACGUGUUGGGAAAAAAACUAAAAAAGUAAAUUAAGUUGUUAGACGCUUCUUUUAGCAGAUAAUAACACUUCGGGUAAAGUCAUAGUUGACCAUCCGGACUCAGCGUCUGUCUGCGGCUCACACAUGUUCACCUUUUCAUUUUUCUUUUACCUGAUUGACUGCUGACAAUCAUGAAAGUGAACAAACACGCAGAGGUAAAACAUAAGUCUCACAAGUGGAAAGAUGCGAAGGGAAAACGGUGCAGACCUCCCGUCAGUUUCUCUAAUGUAAACUCUAGCCCUGUGGUGAUCAGCAUGGUGAAGGAGCACCAGGAGUCUUUAAGGAAAAAACCAUCUGUCAAGAGGCUGAAAAAUAAAGUGAAGUCUGUCUCUAACCACAAGAAUGGCUCUUCUGAGUCUGGAAUUAAGAAGACACAUGCUCAGGCUAAUGGAAGCUCAGUGUUUACCAUGGACAAUGACUCAGAUGACUCACAGGACUGGAAGGAGUAUUCCCAGUCAGUGCACGGGAAUGGUAUGGAAACCUCAGAUAACACCGAGGAUGUCCGGAGAGGUAGAUUGGAGGGAGAGGCUCUGCAUCACUGUGCGCAGAGAGACGAUCGAGAGAACCGCACAGUACUUGUCAUGCAGAAGGAUCAGACGCUGUGUUUCCGCGGGAAGUGCCUUCUGACCUGUCUUUAUGGUCGUGUAGAAGUUAUGGGAUUUACCAUCGAAGAGGGUCAGCAGUCAUAUUCGCUUUUCUCCCCAGCAUCACAUUGUCCACUGAGUAUUAGAGGAUUGGAAAGCAUCAGAGCGUUGGAAAGUAGAAACGAGGCAUCGCACAUCCUCCAAAAGUAUCUUCCACAAGCAUCACGAAAGAAGCUGUUAAAAAGCAUAACGACAAAUUCUUCCAUCAUCCUGCUGGAGCCCAUCGAGACGCCUAUGACACGGUUUCUUUCCAGCUUUCCAGAUCUCAGCGAAUUGUUCAACCUCCCAAUGCUGAGAAUUACCAGUCACAGUUAUUGUGUUGGUUUAACAGUGAUCAGCAGAAAAACAGAAUAUAAUAGUCAGUGUAAGUUUUGCUCUUCACUCUUAGUAGGAGUGCUGCAGAAUUGUUUUGUAACUGAAUCGAACCACAGACGUUUAUGUGAUAAGAACAUACCAAAACAAAAUGCUCACUUUGGUUGCUUUCAUGAAAACCUGACAUGUUAUUCAUUGACAGGAGACAUAGAUGGCUGUCCUGUUAUCCUGGUGUGCGGGACCAAGAAUGUUGGAAAGUCAACAUUUAUUCGUGUGCUCAUUAACACCUUGCUGAAUUACACUGCUAGUGUCGAAUAUUUGGAAGGUGACCUCGGUCAAACAGAAUUCACCCCUGCUGGUUGCCUGUCUCUCCUCACUGUCAGAGAACCCCUUUUAGGUCCUCCUUUCACACAUCAGCAGACUCCAGACCACAUGAUCUACUACGGUCAGUCAUCAUGCAACUCAGACCUGGAUCGAUAUGUGGAAUCUCUUAAAUCCUUAUGGUGCAGAAGAUCCCAGACCAGAGAGGCUCCGAUUAUUAUCAACACCAUGGGCUGGGUCAAAGGAUUUGGAUUCAAGCUGCUGGUUGACAUGAUCCGCUUCUUCCCAGUUUCCCAUGUCGUCCAGCUCAGUCACAGUGGUGUCAAUCAGUGCCCCGCCCUCACUCCAGACUUUCUGAGAACGGCAAAUGGCUUUCAGACUCACCCACCCGCCCAGACCGCUCUGGAUGAGUUUACAGAAAGCCACAGCCCCCCAAGAAUCUACAGUCACAUUAGUAUACAAGCAGAGUUUCAAGGAGUUGGGAGUCAAGGAACAGCGAAACACCAGCGUAGUAAUGAGCAGAGAAAUCUGUCUCUCCUGGCCUAUCUGAGUCAGCUGCAGUGUCCGGACCCUGGACCAGUCAGACCUCUGCACAGCCUCACACCAUACCAGGUUCCACACACAGCGAUUGCGUUAGGUGUUACCCACUGCGACGUGGUGCCCUCGCACGUGUUUCAUGCUUCCAGUGGUAGUCUGGUAGGACUCUGCUGCCUGGCAGAAAAAGUAGCAAGCAAGGGAGGUCCAGUCUUUCUUUCCCAGGCACCCAUCUGCCCAUGUGUGGGAUUUGGGCUCCUCCGAGGUAUUGACAUGGCACGGGGUCUGUACUUCCUGCUGACGCCUGUAGAUCCGUCAGUUCUUCGUAAAGUCAACUGUCUCCUCUUGGGAGCAAUUUCAAUGCCUUCCUGUAUCUUCACAACACAGGUUAGAUCCUUUUUCAUGUUUUUCAUUUUGUUUUCAUGUUAUGAAAAAUGUUUUCAGUUGCUGAAAAGUCACUUCAGACUGUUCUACUUUAAAGCCAUUCUCACUGGAGCAGGAAAGCUGCGAGUCUUCAAGGGAAUGAUGAGGCCCAGUCAAGUGGGGAUGCAGUGACAUUUCUGCAGCAUUUUAUUGCCCUUUACAUUUCCCCAUCAGUCAGCGCUGGCCUUUGAAUGUACAGAACUGAGGUUGAGGUGGGACACUUCUUACUUUUGUUUUAAGGUUCAUACUCUGACCUUACUGGAGUUCUUUUUUUGAGAGCCCUCGCCAUAUCUUGGAACCUGAAACUGUAUGUUUGUUUGAUGCUGUGAAGGCGCUUAGGUGUUUUCUCUCACAUGGACAGUAAAAUAACACGACACGUUAUAGUCAAAGCUUUUGUUUGAUGGUUCUUUUUCUUCUUUUUUUUUGUUUUUUGUGGAUGACAUUCCAAAUCUUAAAUGCCUGCCAGAUAAUAAACGUGAAGCAAGUUUGUUUCCAGACUAUGUGGUUCUUACCUUCACCAGCUAUUUAGAGCAUCGUGAAUGGUGGUUGUUACAGCUGCUUUAAUAUUUAAAUAUCAUAAUCAUGUAUCCAUGUAGAGUUCAAACGGUUUAAUAGCAAUUUAAUUUAUCACUGUGUGCAGUAUUUUGCCUGAUCCAGACAAGUAGUUUUCCAUGUUGGCAGCUGUUUUGUUAUAAAGUAUUCACCGCCGGCGCUUUCCGUGUUGUUUUCCCUUCCAUCCAAAAAAAAUAAAGAAGAGGACAGGAUGCAGUUAUGAAGACGUCUUUCACGUGAGCUCAGUUGAAUUUGCAAAGAAAACCCAACAAGGACAAUGCCUGUGUUGUUUGUACACCAAUCAAAGCCUUUACAGAAGUGUCUCCAUUUUUAUUGCCCUCUUUUGUAUUUGUUACUUAAGGCCAUUCAAGAGGUUUUGUUUACAGUUCCUUAUGUUGACCUGUGUCGGAUGAAAAUAAAGAGCUUGUUGUUUCUA